CCAGCUUGACGCCUUCUAGGAUUGCCGGUUCUGUAUGCUGUCUUGUUGCUCGUGCGAGGUGGAAAAGGAUCCCUCGCAGGCGUGCCGACGGUGGGAGGCCCAUCAUGGCCGCUCCUCUCAUAUAUCGGCGCAUUCAACUACGUAGCGCACGCCGCGGACAUCAUGUCCGAGGGUUACAGAAAGUACAAGGACAAUGGCGGAACGUACAAAUUUGCCGAGUUCCACCACUGGACGGUCAUGCUCUGCGAUCCCGCGCUCAUCGAGGAGGUCCGCCGCGCGCCCGAGGGCCAGCUCUCCCAGAUAGAGUCCAGUGCUGAGCUCAUGCAAGUCGACUACACUCUGGGCCCGAACAUCCACGAGAACCCGUACCACCUCGACCUCCUCCGCUCGAAUCUCACGCGAAACCUGACCCGUUUAUUUCCUGAGCUGCUUGAUGAGAUUGUUGUUGCGUUCGGCGAUGCGGUCCGUGCGGAUGGUGAAGAGUGGACCAAGGUGCCGGCCAUGGAUACCAUGCUGGAGAUUGUCUGCAGGACCAUCAACCGCGUCGUCGUGGGGCUGCCAACUUGUCGAAAUUCGGACUUUUGCGACCUCAACAAAACCUUCACGAUUGACACGUUCACCGGCGCGAUGAUCAUAUCGCUCUUCCCCGAGUUCCUAAAGCCACUCGCAGCCAAGUACCUGACGAAUGUCCCCGCGAGCGUGGACCGGGGCAUCCGCCACCUCGAGCCCAUCAUCACGGAGCGCUUCCACGAAGAGCAGACCCUCGGCGACGGUUGGACAGACAAGCCGAACGACAUGCUGCAGUGGUGCAUCGACACGGCGCAAGGCGAGGAGCGCACAGUGCGCGCGCUCACGCUGCGCAUUCUCGUGUUGAAUGCCGCGGCGGUACAUACAUCUACGAUGUGCGUGACACAUGCCUUGUUCUACCUCGCGGCACGCCCGCAAUAUGUCGCGCCCCUGCGGGCGGAGGUCGAGUCGGUCCUGCAGCAGGACGGGUGGACCAAGGAGUCGAUCGGCAAGAUGCGCAGGCUGGAGAGUUUCUUGAAGGAGGUGUUGCGGCUCACCGGCAUCGGCUCGAGGGCGAUGCACCGGAAGGUCAUGGAGGACUUUCGGUUCUCGAAUGGGCUUGUCAUACCUGCAGGGAAUUAUCUUGCUGUGCCGACGGCCGCAGUCCACCACGAUGAGGCCAUAUACGAGGACCCGGACGAGUUCAAGCCUUGGCGUUUCUACGACGCAUCGUCGACGGCGGAUGAGGGCGAGGGAUCGCCCGAUUACCUCGCUACGACGUCGCCGCAGUAUAUGCUUUUCGGGCAUGGUAAGCAGGCGUGUCCAGGGAGGUUCCUCGCCGUGAGCGAGCUCAAGACGAUAUUGGCGCAUGUUUUGAUGACGUAUGAUGUCAGGAUGGAGGAUGAGGGCGUGGUUCCGCCGACGAAAUGUUUCGCGACCGCGCUUAUGCCGAAUGCAACGGCGGCGGUACUGUUUCGGAAGAGGCAGGCGUAGUCUGCUUGCAGGUGUCGAGCCUUGUUGUGUUGUUAUGCUGCACGUUGGUUGUCUUGUCUUUGCAAUAAGUUCUCGUUAUG